AUGGCUGCUCAACCAAAGAAGAGGACUAUCGUGGAAAGUGGAGAUGGAGGUCUUGGUUUGGGCCUUGCAACAUUUAUUGCAAAUGGUGAGGAUUUGGGUCCCAUCAUUCGUCACUCGUUUGACUCUGGGAAACCUGAAGCACUCAUGCAGAACCUUAGAAGCAUUGUGAAGAAGAAGGAAGUUGAGAUUGAAGAGCUAUGCAGACUUCACUAUGAGGAUUUCAUCCUUGCUGUCGAUGAACUACGUGGUGUGUUAGUUGAUGCUGAUGAGUUAAAGGGCAUGCUAUCUGGCGAGAAUUCACACCUGCAAGAGGCUUCUACUGACCAACUGCUGAAGCUUGACGAACUUCUUGAGCUAUAUUCUGUCAAGAAAAACGUAGGGGAGGCCAUAACAACGCUGAAGAUAUGUGUCAAGGUCUUCAGCUUGUGCAUGACAUGCAACUAUUAUAUUGCCGAAGCUAAGUUUCAUCCUGCACUUAAGACACUGGACCUGAUUCAGAAAGGCUACCUGCGAAAUAUUCCUUUGAAGCUUCUUAAGAAGGCGGUGGCAAGACAGAUACCAUUGAUAAAGCUGCACAUAGAGAAGAAAGUCUGUAGUGAGUUCAAUGAUUGGCUUGUUCAUAUUAGAAGAAUGGCCAAGCAGAUUGGCCAGGCCUCCAUAAGCCAGGCGUCGUUAGCUCGCCAAAAGGAUGAGGAAAUGCGUGCCCGACAGAGGGAAGCUGAAGGGCAUAGCCAUGCUGGACCAGAUGAGCAUCUGUAUACCUUGGACCUGGAGAACACAGAAGAGGAAUCAGCACUACAUUUUGAUCUGACACCAGUUUAUCGGGCGCAUCACAUGCACACAUGUCUUGGUAUUGGGGAGAAGUUCAGAGACUAUUAUUAUAAGAACAGGCUCAUGCAACUCAACUUGGACAUGCAAAUUUCCACUUCACAGCCCUUCUUGGAGUCCCAUCAACCCUUCCUUGCACAGGUAGCUGGAUUUUUUAUAGUUGAAGAAUGUGUUCUUCGAACUGCAGAUGGAUUGUUGUCGGAGAGUCAAGUGGAAACAACAUGGGAGACAGCUAUUGGCAAGAUAACAUCUGUACUGGAGGAACAGUUCUCUCGCAUGCGUACAGCCAGCCACUUCCUUCUCAUAAAAGACUAUGUCACUCUUCUAGGCGCAGCUGUGAACAAGUACGGUUAUCGAAUCACACAGUUGAUUGAAGUUCUUGAGAAAAGUAGGGACAAAUACCACCAGUUGCUUCUUCUUGAAUGUCGGAAGCAGAUAGACGACAUCCUUACUAAUGACUCGUAUGAGCAGAUGGUUAUAAAGAAGGAAUAUGAGUAUAACAUGAAUGUGACAGCAUUUCAUCUGGAACACGAUGAUGCAAUCCCUGAUUUCCCAUAUGUGACACCAUUCUCCUCUUCUGUUCCAGAUGUUUGUCGCAUCGUCAGGUCCUUUAUCGAGGAUUCUGUUAGCUACUUGUCAUACGGUGGUCUCAUGAACAUCUAUGAUGUGGUGAAAGCAUUCCUAGACAGGUUGCUGAUUGAGGUACUGAAUGACAGUCUUUUGAACAUGAUAUAUGCUCGUUCGCUGGGCAUGUCACAGAUGAUGCAACUUGCUGGAAAUAUAUCAGUUCUUGAGCAAGCAUGUGGUAUGUUUCUGUUGCACUCUGCCCAACUGUGCGGCAUUCCAAAGCGUGUUGCUGAGAGGUCCCAUUCUGGUUUGACUGCUCGAGCAGUCCUGAAAGCCUCGCAAAAUGCAGUGUAUAAUGCACUAAUAAACCUGACCAAUUUCAAGGUUGAUGAGUUCAUGGUGCUCCUGGAAGAGGUCAACUGGAUAGCAGAAGAAGCCCCUGACAAUUCAAAUGACUACGUGAAUGAGGUUAUGAUCUAUCUUGAAACAUUAGUAUCGACAGCACAGGAGAUUCUACCUUUGGAAGCUCUAUACAAGGUGGUUUCUGGUGCAAUGAGCCACAUCUCAGACUCUAUAAUGACCACACUUCUAAAUGAUGGUGUGAAAAGAUUCACUGUCAAUGCAGUUUUAGGAAUUGAUAUUGACUUGAAGAUGCUGGAAGCAUUUGCAGAUGAGAAAUUUGACAGCACGGGGCUGUCAGAUUUGGGGAAGGAAACAACUUUCAGAGAUUGUUUAGUUGAAAUUAGGCAGCUCGUAAAUCUCUUGCUCAGUAGCCAGCCUGAGAAUUUUAUGAAUCCGGUGAUCAGGCAGAGAAACUACGGAUCACUGGACUACAAGAAGCUGUCCAUCAUUUGUGACAAGUACAAGGAUUCUGCAGACAGUCUGUUUGGAAGCCUUUCAAACCGUAAUACCCACCAGAGCGCCCGUAAGAAAUCUAUGGACGUUUUGAAGAGAAGGCUUAAGGAUUUUAGCUAA